AUGGAAAUAGUUCAGGCGAAUCCGCACGCAUUGGUCGCCGACGAAAGGCAAGGAGGGGUGGGUCCCGGCCCAGGACCAGGAGGGGGAGAGAGAAAAACGGGUCUGUAUUCCCCCAACAUGUUAAUUAACAGCCACAAGGAGGAAGUGUAUUCAGUGAACUUCUCAUCUGACGGAAAGUUCAUCGCAUCUGGGAGUUUAGACAUGACAAUAAUGGUGCAUAAUGUAUACAAUGAGUGUGAAACGUUGAGCGUUUUAAGUGGACAUAAAAACGCAGUUUUGCAAGCCAAAUGGUGUAGAGACGACACACACAUAUGCAGUGCAUCCGCUGAUUUCAAUGCCUUCCUAUGGGAUGUAGAGAAUGAAUUAAAAGUUAGAAGCUUUAAAGGGCACACAAGUAUCGUUAACGGUUUAGAUGUUAUUAAUUAUAAUUUAUUUGCCACCUGUAGUGAUGAUUCCACUGUAAAAAUAUGGGAUUUUAGAUGUAAAAAAUGUGUUCAUACAGUUACUUCAGAUUGUCCAUUUUUAGCUAUUUGUUCAGAUAAGAAGGGAGAAUCUUUUUACGUAUCUUCUACAGAUGAUAAAAUAAGUAAAUAUUCCAUUACCACUGGAGAGUUAGAAGAUACCUUUACAGGUCACAAGCAUUAUAUAAGCGGCUUAGCUGUAAAUAAUGAAGAGACUGUCUUGGCAUCUCUCAGUGCGGAUGAAACCAUCUGCCUUUGGGACAUUCAACCUUUCCCUUGUGAUGACAAACUAUUGUUUCAACUACCUGCACCGAGGUUUAACAUAGAUUACAAUUUAAUUAAAUUGUCUUUCAAUAACGAUAGAUUCCUUGCCUGUGGUAGUGGAGACAACCACCUCUACAUCUAUGAUUACAAAGAAAAAAUCCUUAUGUAUACCUUGCCUGGUCAUACAAGCACCAUAAACGACGUUGCCUUUCACCCUUAUGAAGACAUUGUGGUGUCCUGCUCGUCGGAUAAAACGAUUUUUCUGGGCGAGUUAUAA